CAUAAAGCCCUGAAACCCCAAAUUGAGAAUAGAGACCAGCGGCUGCAACAAGUUUAACCAAUAGAGCGAGGAGUCGCCAAUUCAUGGAAGAUACAAAGAGAGGGGGCUUUAUAUAGGAAAAAGUAAUGAUCUUUUGUAAACCCUAAUUCCGAAUAUGGGCUAUAUUUUGGAUCAAUAUAAUAGGCCUUGUAAAUUGGGCCUAAAGAACGGGUCUUACAGUUCGGUCCACUCGGCCGGCCCGAGCUCACCUUGCAAAGGUUUGAAUUUUUUCAGCGCAUUGCCGUCUCUGAAAGCAAGAAGAAAGUGGUGGUUGGAAGGCCAGAGCAAUUGUGCUGGAAGGGCGUGUUUGGGUGUGUGGGAAUGUCGAUGGGGAGUGACAGCACUUGGGUUGGGAAGAAGCCUCUGAGACGCAUCGGAGGCAUGUCCGACGCUCUCUCCAUUGCUUCGGAUCUUGGCUUUUCUGUUGCCGCUCCUCCUACCCAGGAAGAGCUUCAGAACCUAUCCACUACUACUGGUGAGAAGGGUGAUGACUUGAUAAAGGUUCUGAGGGAACUUACCUCUGUACAAAGAAAAAUAGCAGAUCUGCAAGUUGAACUUCAAGGGAGAAAAGAUGAUAAGAACGUAGCACAUUUGACACAUGCGAGUGAAAUGGAAAAGAAGUGUGAAACUUUAGCAAGGAUUACAACCAUAUUGAAAGAUGUGAUUCAGAAUAAGGAUCGCAUCAUAGCCCGUCUUCAACAACCAUAUUCACUCGAUUGCAUUCCAGUGGAAGCAGAGUAUCAGAAACAAUUCUCUGAAUUACUGAUGAAGGCUGCUAGUGAUUAUGGGGCCUUGACAGCAUCAGUUGCAGAUUUCCAGUGGAGUCAGACAUUUAAGGAACCUCCUUCAGUUUGGGGGGAAAUGCUUCGUCCAAUUCCUGUUGCCUUAGCAUCGUGCACUCGGUUCUUUGAAGCAAUGUCUGCUAUGAGGGAAUCAUUUUCAACACUUCAGCAUCUCAGAGUUGGUCAUAGUGACGCAUCUUCACCGAUAACACCAGGCAAGGAUUCCUCCCGAAGAGUACCAGGGGAUUCCGAAUGUGUAACUCCACCGCCUUGGAGAACUGAACCAAGCUUUGAUGACUUAGCUAUCAGAAGCUCAAGGAGGCCAGAAGUCGAGCACCAAGAAGCAGACGAUGAAAACAGUGAGGGGGAUGGAACUAGCCACAGGAGAUUAUCAUGGCCUCCUUCAGUUAAAAAGAGUGGUGUUUAGUCAAUUUGCUGAAUCUCGUUGCGUGUUACUCAAUGUAUGUUUUUGUGUGAAAUAGUCAUUGUAAUAAUAGAAGUAUGCAAAAAAAAAAAUCCAAUACAAUUAUACACAUUGAGACAUUCAUUAGUUUGUGCAGCUAUCUAUACAUGUAUUCUAUUAUGUCGAAAUGUUUCAGUGAUGCCAUCUGACUUCUCCCA